AUGUUUAUUCAACAAAUGUUGCUUAUUUGUAUUUUCCAGUUCUUCUGUGCACGACCAAGGGAGCACUUUCGGGCUUGCUUCCGACGUGUCAUGCCUCAUGGAGAUUCAUCUCAAACUCAUUCUGACACAAGAAACACUAACAUCGUAGGUCUUGCCAUCAUGAUGACCGAUGUGUACCAAACGCCAGUGAUACUCGCCGAGGGCUUGUUCUCGGAAAUCAAGGGAUUCUUUUCCGAGGCGGUGCGCGGGAAAAACGAGCUGCCGUUUAAUCACGUACUAACAAGUACCUACUUCUGCGCAUUCGAUUGUGCUUUUAGUGCAAGUAAGUAGUCAUGCCUUGGCCUUGCUUUAUUUUCAGCGACAUUUUCCUGACAUUACUUGUACUUUUGGUCCUCGUAAACGUAAUGCUAAUGACCCUUGUCUGUGUCCAAAAAUAACAGGCAAAUCCGCAGUCUCCGUCGCUCAACAAGCUCGGCAGACCGAGGAGAUUCGUCCAAAGUGAUUUUCGAUUUUCGGGGCAACUCUGACCUGUUUGACGUCGAAGCUGAUAUAGUCUUGGCUCUGCACAACGUCAGCGAAUUGUAACUCCGGAAUAAGUUUUGUACGACUUUUCACUGCUCGGCGUGGCGUGUGAUAUGGUAGCAAGAUUCUCCUAGGGAUAAUCUGUCUUGCGGCGGCGCUACGGAUAAAAGGGCGCAGGGUCUGGGUCUGUUCGUCUUUGCAAAAUCGUGACGUUCUGUGUGCC